UUAUAUUUACUUGUUUAUUUAUCAGCUCUCGCUCUCCCCAAAAUUUACAUUAAAAAAAAGGGAAAAUCAUGGCCGUCUCAGUUUCCAUUCUGGCUGUUGUUACUUCUCUUCAUCUCAUCGCCUUCGUCUUCGCCGUCGGAGCCGAACGGCGACGCAGCAAUGCUAAGGUGGUGCCGGAUCAGUACGAUGAACGGACUUACUGUGUGUACGGGACGGAUGCGUCGACUGUGUACGGAUUGGCGGCUUUUGGUUUGCUGUUGUUGAGUCAAGCUGUUUUGAACGGCGUUACUAGGUGUCUUUGCUUUGGUAAAGGCCUUGUUAGUGGCAGCUCAUCCACUGCUUGCGCCGUCGUCUUCUUCGUCGUUUCCUGGAUUAGCUUUCUGGGAGCCGAAGCAUGCUUAUUGGCAGGGUCAGCGAGAAACGCAUAUCACACUAAAUACCGAGGAAUCUUUGGUGGAAACGAGCUUUCCUGUGCCACCCUUCGGAAAGGCGUCUUUGCUGCAGGGGCAGCUUUAACAUUGUUGUCACUGGUAGGAUCAAUCCUCUACUACUGGGCUCACUCCAGGGCUGACACUGGUGGAUGGCAGAAGCACCACAACGAAGGCGUUGGCAUGACUACACAGCCACACCAUCUCAGUGAAUUCGAGAAAGCUUAAUUAUCCUCCGGGUUAGAUUCAUUUCCACCAUUUUUGUAAUUUUAUUGAGAAAAAAAAAAAAAGAUAGAUGAAUUAAAACCAUAUGCUGUCUUCUAUAGGGUAGCUGCAUGUUUAUAUAUGUUGUGGUGGUGGUGAUUAUAUUUUAGAAAUGAAAUAUAGUGUCAUGUUUGAAUUGCUAUA